UUGGCUUCUGUUUCCAGUUUCGAUAUCAUAAAAACUUGGGGCUCUUUCACUUGACAUCUAUUUAUACCCCAUUCCACCCUUCUGCUGCUUCAUCGAUCAUCUGCACCUUACUUUCAAUUUAAGAAAAAAACAACAAUCUUGAAAUAGCAUGAGUUCAACAAGCAGAGCAUGGAUGGUGGCCGGAACCGUUGGAUUGGUAGAGGCACUCAAAGAUCAAGGGUUUGCACGAUGGAACUACACCAUCAGAACCAUCCACCACCACRCCAAAUCCAAUCUCCGGUCAAUCUCCCACACCAAAAACCUGUCAUCACCGGCGGYCAUGGCUUCUAGCAAAGGCCUACAACUAGAGAAAACAAGUCAAUCGGAGGAGUCAUUGAGAAAAGUCAUGUAUUUGAGCUGUUGGGGUCCUAACUAAACUAAACAUCCAGCUGUUUUGAUCAAGAUAACUUGAUUAAUUCCACUACAUGAUGCUACUAUUUGCUAUGGAAAAGUUAUACUCCAUGAUCCCAGACUUGAACCAAUUCAUCAAGUCGUUUUUGUUCUCAUUUUCUUGUAAAUUAAGAUGUAAAUACAUAUAUUUAAGCAAUUGGCCUGUUUUAUAUACC